ACGAUAUUACAGUAUUGAUUUUGCCCUAGAGAUUACAAUUUAUUAACAUUGGUCCUUAUCUUCCUGUACUUAAUACAGGAAAGUAUUACCGAUCGAGUUGAUUUGUUUCCUUUUGGAAAGAGUUUGAGGAAAAAAUUCUGAAUCACAUAAUGUAAGUGCAGUUUAAAAGAUACUACGUUAAUUCAAGUAGAGACAGAUAAAAUAUUCGUAUACAAAUUUUUGACGUAAACAUCUUUUAAGCCAAUCAGCUAGCAGAAGCUAGGAGCAAAUUCAGGUUGGAUAUUAUAAUUCAGAACGAAAAACAUAAACGAUGUCGCAAGAUCUACUUGACAUUGAGGAUAUUGUACGCAAAUGGGCAUUGGAUUUUCCACUCGACAAGGCUCAGAAAAAGGAUGCUGAUGAUAUACAUUCCUCUGAUAUAAACUGGCAAAAUGUUAGAAUUACUCAUGGCAAAACGGACUAUUUUGACGAGAUACAUGCAACCAAGCCAAAAUCUCACAUUUUAUUUUCUGCCUAUUUUACAAACGAUACUGAUCAAUCACAAGUGUAUUCCCUGAGAACGGAACGUAGAACACAAUCCACGUGUUCUUUGUCUCUUGAAAAGGGAUAUACCUACGGGUGCAGUGUAGAUAUAAAACUUACACCACCAAAUCCCGUAAUAGAAGCUAACGCAGGAUUUCAUGGAGAACUGAGUUUAACCAAAGCAAGUGAGGAAACUUUUGAAGAAGAGCUAACUUGGUCUAUAGAUAAUCAGAUCAGUGUUCCGCCAAAGUUCAAAACCAAAGCAGAGCUAGUGAUCAAGGAGGAUGAUUACACCAGUCAUUUCAAAACAGAAUCGCAAUUUCGCGGGAAGGUGCAUGUAACACUUCGGAAUAAAAAAGACAAUUCCCCUAUCACUACAAUUACAGGAGAUGUUAAGCAAAUAUUCACAAAAGAUAAGGGAUUUCGAGUAGACAAAACGGGAAUAUAUUAUGUGACUGAAGGGAGGUGCAAGUGCAGAUUUGGAAUAGAACAACAUGUGUGUCUUAAACAGGAAAAACUUGUUCCGGCAGAGGCAACCGAAGACUAAGAAGAUAAUUUACAGAUGGCUCAAGGAUAUAUAAAAGACUUAUAGUGCAAUAGUAGGUUGUAAAGAAGUAGUAUAUAUAUAUGCGAAUAUGGAAGAGGUACUGCUGUAUAUCAUGAGACUUAGGUAUUUAAUAUAUACUAUAACAUGUUUAAAUUUGAAACAUUCAAAAGAAAAACGAAUGUAAGUUGCUAUAUGUUUUGAUAUCUAAAGUGAGGACCAUUAAAUAUCUAGAUUCUUAAA